AUGCGGCCUGCUACGCCGAAGGAAAUAAGAUUUCCUUCACACGUGGGACCAUCGUCUCCGCCUCAAACCCCUACGGCCACGGCACAUCCUCCAUUCUUUGGUCAGAAGGCCAGCCCUAGGGCCAGUCCUGGGCCGACCGCCGGGCCCCAAGACCCGCUGCCUCAUACACGAAACUACGGUUCUUUCGAGAACUGCCAAUUCAACUUUUCAUUCCCGGGGCUGCAUGGAGAAUUAUCGCCUCGUUCUUCAGAUCCCCCAGCCGAACGCUCCGAGACUGAUCAGUCGGAUGACGAUCUCGGGUCUCGCUCACCGCCUUUGUCGUCACCACCUGCCCCUGCCACGACCGAGCGUCUCGUGUCGCAUGCAAGUAUCGAUGAUGAUCACUUCAUCAUUGAAGAGCUGAGUGACUUCGAAGAGAACGACAUGGACGGUCGGGAUGAUGUUCUUGCACCUCACGCCAUCGAGUACGCCGAAUCGGAAAGGAGUGAGUCGCAUAUAGAUGGUCACGUCAUUAACGACCUACGCGAGCUGAACGUUCGCAGCCCGGACCCGGAAUCUUCGUCAGACGACUCCGACUUAAGCGAUGAUGAGUAUCAGAAGAUAAUCAAGCAACGGCGGGCUGAACAACGGCAAAAGAGACAGAGUAUUGGGAGCAUGGGCAAGCGAACCAUGAGCGAGAGGAGCGACAGCGACCAUGAAGAUGUCAGAAACUGCCUGGAUUUUGACCAAGCCGGGUCAAGUGCACGGCGACUAAAGAGGAGGGUUGGCGAUCGACGAAGUCUAAUUUUCCAGGACCCACCGCCGAGAAUCGACGAGAUGGACGAGCCUCCAGAGGAACUGGAGGAUACCGAGAUGCUAGCCAAAGAACUGCCAUUUUACGCAUUCAUGACUAUGGAGGUGGAUUCACCCUAG